AUCGCCCACACCUCGAUUGCUCCCCUCAACACAGCCUUCUUAACAUCCACAUUAUGUUCUCAAGGGCUGUUCCUCGGACGGCUUCCCGUCUAAGUCGCUUUGCGCAUUGCGAAGCCCACCCACCGCGCCAUACCUUCGCAAACCUCCCUGGACGAACAUGGAGACCCGUCCAACAGCACCUCAGCAGGCGAUACAAGGCUACAAUGCGCGAGCAGUUUAGGGCUCAAUUCCGGAGAAGCCCAAUUCUAUUUCCAUUUGCGGUCGGAUGCAUUCUCGCCAUCUCCGGCUGGGCCGCCUACUACAUCCCCUGGUACUAUCAGAACGUCAUCCUCAGGCCGUACCACAACUUUCCCGAAGAAGUCGCGAAGAAGCUCCGCCGCGCCCUGUUCUACAGCAGAGGGAAAUACCUGGACAUCAAGGAGGCAAACAAGUACUUUCGGCAGGCAUUGCACACCGCGAAUGAGCUGGGCAUGGAUCCCUUCAGCGACGAGAUAAUGGGCGUGAAAUACACAAUUGCUGCGCUGUUCGAAGAUGCGGGAUACUAUGCGCUGGCUUGCGACGUGCUCGAGAUCAUGCGGUCCGAUUGCCAGCGCUGGAUUGACGAGUUCAGCGACAAGCACUGGAACGACGGCAACAGGUCGCGGGUAAAGAAGAACAUGGUCCAGAUCAACGUCAAGCUAGCGCAGCUGUACAACUGCAAGUAUGUGAACGAGCCGGAUAAUGCCGAGAAACGCCUCGUCGAGGCGGUGGAAAGCGCACUGAGCGAAAAGCAGAGGCGCGAAAAAGAGGGUGUAAAGCAAGGCGAGGGCGAUUGGAUGACGGAUGAGGAGAUGGGAGCCACGCUGGAAGCUCUCGGCCAGCACUACGAACAAAACGACUCCCAUUACCUAGCGCUGCCACUCUUCCUCCAGGCCCUAGCGCUGUGUCCUCCGACCUCAUGCCACGGCGUCGUCUUGAUGAACAACAUCUCCACAUGUCUCGCUCAACAGACGCCACCGCCCACUUCGUCAUCACCCUCCUCGCCGACAUCCUUUCCGAACAACCCUCCCCCUCCGCGCGCUAAACUAGUCGAACAAGCACGCCAAUGGGCAAGCAAAGCAUUAGCCCGAGGGAGAGCUAUACAACCCCCCGACAGGAACGAGGAAUGCGAUAUCGGAUGCGCAGUUGCAACCCACAACCUAGGCGAGUUCUACGAGAUGGAAGGUAGGAUCAAGGAAGCUCGGCAGAAGUACGAAGAAGCGGCGUCGCUGGCGAAGGCUGUGGGAUUUGCCGAAGGACAAGUCAACGCAAGAGCAGGGCUGAACAGGCUGAAGGAGCUAGAGAAAGCGCAGAAAUAAGGGCUCUGUGGCUGUGCUGUACAAGUAAUGGGUAAGAUGUCCGUGAAAGCGGAGAUUCACAGCUUCUGGUCUAUGCAAGUAUCAGAUCCCCUUCGCCUUUUAGCUCUCUAUACUCCCUAUAGGGGUUUUUUUUACCGUGUCGUCUUAUCCUCAUCUACCACCUCCCAUCCGGUCUUCCUUCGCUCCCCCCUAGUGCAGUAUAAAAUACCCCUCC